AUGGAACUUAUUAUGACGAGUAAUUCUGUUCGCGAAAAGCUCAUCGACUUUAACACAGCUAUUUCUAAACUUAGUCUAUUCAAUCCUUCUUCCGAAGCAACAAACUUAUUCGAUGAACUUCUGAAAUUUUGUUGCUCGACUGCAUUGGACUCAUCUAUAUUUGAACGUAUGCUGGAAACAGAUUUGGUUCUUCAAGCAGUAUGUGAUCAAUUGCGCCGUUCACGAUCGCAAUAUGAAUAUUAUCUCGAAAAGAAUUUGGCGAAGAUAUAUACCACCAAUCCUGGCCAAAAUUUGAUUGAACAAUUUUCCGACGAUGGUGAUUAUCAUCGAUUAAUUGAAUUUGAGAUUAAAAUGCUACACGAACUCGGCAUUCAGUUCUCUCAAAGUUCAAUACCAAAUGAUACAAGCAACAUUUUGGUAAACAAAAUAGCUUUUAUUGGUUCAGGUCCUAUUCCCAUCUCUUCCAUACUUAUUCUUCGUAAGUACGCUCCAUUUGCUGAUAUUUACAACUUUGACAUGUCAUAUGAGGCGAAUCAGUUGGCAUUAGGAAUAACAAAGCAAUUAUUACCUGGACAUCUAAUCGAAAGAAUGCAUUUCAUUACGCAGGAUAUUGGUCAGAAGUCGAUUCCAAUCGAAGUAGAAUCAAUCCUAAAAGAAUGUCAAAUCAUUUUUCUCGCAGCACUUGUUGGUCAUGAUGAAAUGACUAAAUUAGACAUCCUUCGAAAUGUCGUGAAGCACUCGAAAAAUGAGUCAAAUCCGACAAAAGUGCAACAUAUAGUGAUCAGAAGUACUGAUGGAUUAUGCCAAGUUCUAUAUCCCAAGCUGAGUCCUAAAUUAAUUAUAACACUUGAAGCAUCGCCAAGUAACGAAACACGAAGUAACAAGCAAAACAUUUCACUGGACAUACAAAAAGUUAGUCUUUCGGAAAAUGGCUCUGCUAUCUCAACGAUUAUCGCAAAAAUGAUCAAAAAAUAA